GUCGCACCAUUUCAGAAUCGAUCGCCAUCUCUUUUGACUUUGUUUGGCAAAUUAUUUAGUUGUCAAAACGAAGAAAAUGGCGGAGUUGCUACUGAGUUCGCCGGCACAGUCUUCUCUCCUUAACGUGAGACCCAGGCUCCUCCUCACCCCUUCUGCUUCUUCACCGAUCCAAAGUCUCGCCUUCACUAACUCCAAAGGUUUCCAUCCUCUAGCGUUCAAAUCCGGUCGUCACCAAAGACUCCCCUUCGGUGCCAAGACUAUUACGGUUAGAUGCGCAGUAGAUUCGGGAGCCAAAUCUGUUGAAGUUGAACCUGCGAUCGGCGGAGGAGGAAGUGAUGGUGGAAUCGGAGGGGACAAGUUCGGCGGCGGCGGGGGAGGCGGCGAUGAUAAUGAGGAGAAAGAGGAGAGUGGUGGGAAGACGCCUUUGUCCAUGUCGCAGAAGUUGACUCUCGGUUACGCCUUCCUUGUCGGAGUUGGUGGGCUGAUGGGUUAUGUGAAGAGCGGAAGCCAGAAAUCAGCGAUUGCGGGUGGAGUUUCAGCUGCUGUUCUGCUCUUUGUCUUCCGUGAGCUCCCUACUAAACCUGUUCUUGCUUCAACCAUUGGUGUAGUGAUGGCGGGUGCAUUAACGUGGGUGAUGGGAACUCGGUACAUGGGUUCCAAGAAGAUAUUUCCGGCUGGAGUCGUGUCCUUCAUGUCUUUCAUUAUGACCGGAGGAUACAUUCAUGGCAUCAUGCGCAGCCUUCACUAAGCAGCAGCAGCAGCAGCAGCAGCAUCACUUAGCUUUGCAGUUGUGUCUAAACGUUUUCUCGGGCUUAAAUUGGAGACUGUUUUUUUUCGUUCUUAUGUAAAAACAGCUUUAUGCUUUGUUUUGUUUGAACCGUACCAGAAAUAAGAAAAGAACCUUAUAAUU